CAGGAGUCAAACGAUCUUCACGUCCAUGGCCACACCGCCACAGCCCCCAUGGAGUGGAUGAUGCUCGAGCCCUUCGUGUUCCGCAGGGACGGAGAUUCUUCCUUCCCGGACGACCGGACCGCGCCCUUCAGGGCCGAAGGCAUCAGCUCCCACGGCGGCCCCUUCACCGUCGCCUUCCGCGUCGUCGCCCCCCCGGCCAUCUCCCGCCUCUACCUGCGGUGGUCGGGCGGCCCAAAGGCAGGCUCUUCGUGCGAUAUUGUGGCGGCGCAUCGCAACCUCCUCCUGUUCAGGCUCACCUCCAACCCUGUCAAGGGGAAGGAUGAGGAGUCCCUGAUUUGGCCGCAGGAGUACUUCAUCUGCCAAGGAUCUUCGCACCAGCCAACGCUGCAGCUCCACCGGAUCCCCAUGUUCACCCAGCGCUCUCUGCAUCUUCGCUCUGUCGGCAUCUUGUCCCGCCCUGAAGGAAAAUUCGUCAUGGCGCAGCUGCGCCUAAGUGAAUCCCGUUUGCCGGCGAAGAUGGAAGCCGAACUGUGCGUUCUACGCUCCAACAAGUGGGAGCUGCUUCGGAAUCUGCAGAUAAAGUACGAAGCCCAUGAAUUAUCCGACUUGAUCCAUUGGAGAACUGACAGAGUGAUCCCUUUCGAAAACUAUCUGUGCUGGGUUAGUUACUUCAGUGGAGGCACCCUGUUCUGUGACGUGUCUGAAAAAAAGCCUAAAAUCUCCUACCAUCGGCUGCCUAUUCAUGACCGAUGUCGCGGUGCAGAUCUACACCGGUUGCGUGAUAUGAACUGCUCUUUGUGCACCACCGAUUCCGGCAGUAAGCUCAUGUUCGUUAGUGUUGCCCCGGAGGAUCAUGAGAUAGUUGGCCCAAUGCUUCCUGGUACGGAUUUUGUUGUAACCUGCCAUACUUUGAGGACACAAGACAUGGUGUGGGAAGAGACGUUCGUCAUCACAUCUCAUGAAAUAUGGGGUUCCAAUGCCUCUCUCUCAUACAAUGCUCUGAUGUUUCCUCUUGUGAGUGUGGCCAAGUCAAAUGAGCUAUACUUUCUAUUGCCUGAGAAAGGGGAGCGUGCAAUUGACAAGGUUUCGGCGAUUGGUGUUGAUACUAUUACCAUGCAUACGGAGAUUCAUCAGUACAUUAAAGGAGAGGAAGACCUCGGGGGUGAAGAUGAUGACAUGGUUAGGCAAAAGUCCCAUCUUCUCCAUCCCUUUAUUCCCUCCGAGUUCCCAAAGUUUUUCUGGCCUCACCAGCUUUGGCGGCCGCUUAGCCGUCACCAGGAUCGCGAUGCCAUCACCUCCAUCAUCGCCGGCCUUCGCUCGAUGGCUCUCCGCUUCGCACCGCCGCUCCCUCCGCCACCUCCCGAGCCGGAUUAGAUCCUUUGUUGCUGUUUCGAACGCUGCGGUUGUCCCGCCUCCUUUGUUUAUUUCCAGGGCUUGUUGAGUUGUGCCCUCAGCAGAACCCCUUGUACUUUGUGUUGUGGUACUCUGUGUGUGUGUGGGUGAACCUUGUUGUAUUGUGUGGCUCUGGUGGUUUGCUUUAUCUAUAAAGCGGGGCGAA